AUGUCUUUGCAGUUCUGGAAACCUGGGACCGUCGGGCCCGGCAGCUCGCUCGACCGGGCGACGGAAACGGAAGAGAAUGUAAUCCAGUCUGCCCCCUUGUCCGGCGCCUACUCCAUCCAGGCUCAGAGGGAGAGGUUGCCCAUCUUCAAGCACCGCGAGAAACUUCUGUACUGCGUAGAGACCUUUGGCGUCACGAUUGUUGUCGGUCAAACGGGUUGUGGCAAGACCACUCAGCUUCCUCAGUACCUAUACGAAGCCGGGUGGGCCGCGGAUGGUAAUGUCAUAGCUUGCACACAACCUCGUCGCGUCGCGGCAACCUCGGUGGCAUCGCGCGUUGCGUCUGAAGUCGGCUCUAUGUUAGGAGACGAAGUUGGAUACACCAUUCGGUUUGAGGAUGUCUCGUCCAAGGAACGCACGCGCAUUAAGUACAUGACCGACGGGAUGCUCUUCCGCGAAACGCUCGUAGACCCACUUCUGAGCAAGUAUAGCGUGAUCAUGAUCGACGAAGCGCACGAACGAAGCAUAUACACCGAUCUGCUACUGGGGAUCCUCAAGAAGAUUCGACGAAAGCGGCCAGGGCUGCGUCUGAUCGUGUCUUCCGCGACUCUCGAUGCGUCGUCAUUCCUCGACUACUUUACGGCGAAUACCGUCAACAAAGACAAGGAAGCAACCAUUAUAUCAUUGGAGGGACGCAUGUACCCCGUGGAAGUAGCCUACCUGCAGGAACCGACACCGGACUAUGUACGCAAGGCGGCGGAAGUUGCUUGGGAGAUCAAUUUACAGCAAAGUCCUGGCGACGUCCUCAUAUUUUUGACCGGACGCGAAGAGAUCGAACGAUGCUUGGAGGAGUUUUCGGAGAUGCUGCCGACGUUACCUCGGCAUGCCCCGAAGCUAGUGCCGCUCGCGCUUCACGCAGGACUCACCACGGAGGAACAGUUGCGCGUCUUCGAACCGACGGAGAGAGGAACACGAAAAGUGAUCGUUAGUACGAACAUCGCUGAGGCCAGUGUCACGAUCGACGGCAUCAAGUUCGUCAUUGAUAGCGGCUUUGUCAAGAUUCGCACCUACAACCCAACCACCUCCCUGUCUACACUCGCAACCGUCCCGACAUCCGUCGCCUCUGCUACUCAACGCGCGGGUCGUGCAGGGCGUACGUCCGCGGGUGUGUGCUACCGCCUCUACACCCAAUCUGCCUUUGAGGCCCUCCCACGCACCACCCCGCCCGAGAUCACGCGCACGGAUCUGACGACACCGAUACUCCAAUUGAAGAGCCUCGGCAUCGACGAUUUGAUGAAGUUCGAAUGGGUGACCGCGCCACCGAGUGAGAGCGUGCUGCGGGCGCUGGAGGGGCUGGUGAACAGUGGGAUGAUAGGCGAGGACGGACGGUUGACGCCGGUCGGGGCUAAGGUCGCGGAGUGCCCGGUCGAGGUCGGCAUCGCGCGAAUGCUUUUCAAUUCGAAGGAGUUCCAGUGCGGAGAAGAAAUCUUGACUAUCGCAGCCAUGACAGCGGUGCAAGACGUGUUCGUGAUCCGAGACGGUGCACAAGGGGCGCUAGAUGAACUGGAAAGGCGCAAGUUCACGGCAGAAGAGGGGGAUCACCUCACCCUUUUGAACGCUUACAAUGCCUUCAUCCGAUACGGCAAAGCCUCGUCGUGGUGCAAAUCGCACGCUCUCUCCUUCCGCGCCAUGUCCCGCGCCGUCUCGAUCCGCUCGCAGCUCAAGAAGUACAUGCAGCGCUUCGACCUACCGAUCAAGAGCUGCGAGGGCGACGCAAAGCGACUCAGGCGAUGCUUGGUCAGCGGGUACUGGAGGAACGGCGCGCGGUGGGUCGCGGACGGGACAUAUCGAUCUGUUCGCGGCCAUCAGGUGCUGCAUGUACAUCCGAACUCCGUCUUGUUCACGCGUAAACCGAGGUCGGGGUGGGUCAUAUUCCACGAAAUGGAGGAGACGAAGAAAACACAGUAA